AUGGGAAACCAAGAAAAAGUUGUUGAAGAUACCACCACUGCUUUGGAAUUAAACCCCGAAUAUUCUAAAUGCAGAUUAAGAAGAGCUUCUGCUAAUGAAGCUCUAGGCAAAUAUGAAGAUGCUAUGCUUGAUGUUAGCGCUUUGAGUUUAUUUGGUGACUACAACAAUGCUUCUAUCGAGAGCAUGCUAGAGCGUAUUUUAAACAAAAGGGUAACUGAAAACUUGGAAGGUAGAUUAAAAGAACAACAAAAGGAAUCGCACAAAAAGUUAAUUUCUGCAACUGAUUUGGCUAGUUUCUUUGGUUCAUUUAAACCUGAACUUACAUUUGAUGAUUAUGAUCCAGAGAACAAGGCUGAUGUUUUAUUGAAAGAAGCUUUGGAAACUUUAUAUGCAAAGACAUUGCAUGGUUUUGAAACUGCAGAUGAAAAAUUUGCCGAAGCCAUUAAGUUAUACAAGGAGGCCAAUGAUGACAAAAAUAAUAAAAAAUAUGCCAUUGCUUUAGAAUAUUCUGGUGUUUUGGAUUUCUUUAAAAUGGAUGCCAUUUCUUCAUUUGAAAAAGUAUCCAAGGCUAUUGAAUUGAAUCCAAGAGCCCAGUCCUAUAUCUUUAUGGGUUUAAUAAAUGCUGAUAAGGCCGCAGCUAAUGGUGAAGAUUACAUGGCUGAUUUAAACAAAGCCAUUGAGUUGGACCCUCAAAACAGCUCUGCUUAUUACCAUCGUGCUCAAUACAAGUUUAUUUCUAAGGAUUUGGAAGGUGCUGCCAAGGAUUUUGAAAAAUCUAAGGAAUUAGAUCCAGAGUUCGUUUUCCCAUACAUUCAGUUGGCUUGUUUAACUUACCGUGAGGGUAAAUUUUCUGAUUGUGAAACUUUAUUUAGUGAAGCCAAAAGAAAGUUUCCAAAGGCUCCAGAAGUUCCUAGUUUCUAUGGGGAAGUUUUAACUGACCAUGGUGAUUAUGCUAAAGCUAGUAAGCAAUACGAUGCCGCUAUCAAGUUGGAGGAAGAAUGUGCACCAACUAUUCAUUUGGGUGUUAAUCCAUGGGUUGCUAAGGCUACUGUUUUAGUUGCUGAACCAACCGUUGAAAACUUUGUAGAGGCUGUUAAUUUGUUAGAGAAAGCCAAUGAAUUAGAUCCAAAAUCUUCAAAAGUUAAGUUAACUUUAGGUCAAUUAAAGUUACAACAAAGUGAGUUAGAUGAAGCUAUUCAAUUAUUUGAUGCUGCUGCUGAUUUAACCAUGAAUGCAGAGGAAAAGGUUGGUGCCAUUAGAUUAGUUGAAGCCUCCAAAGUUCAAAAGAAAUUGCAUGCUGAUCCAUUUUUAAGUAAAAAAAUUAAUGAAUUAUUGGCUUCUAUUCAAGGUGGUGGAUUUGGUAUUUAA